UUCUGCAGUAACUGGAGCUUAGUGGGUGGAGGGGAUUUUUUUUCUGUCCUCUUUGGCGAAUGCAAUCACAGCUACUCAUUUUACCAGCCCUUUCCAGAAGUUUCCUUGCAGUGCAGGACAGAUUUCAUGCAGUGCAGACCGACACGCACAGAGCAAAAGACAGACUUCCAUUCUGUAAGGAUAAACACAAUCUUGAGAACCAUGUGGGUAAAUAUCCUGGUGGGCCUGGUCCUGUUGGCCAGCGUCAGAGCAGACAAGAAGCUCAGCAGCCAUGCCACCAUAUUGGCAGACAACAGCGCUAACUUAGCCUUCGACUUGUACCACAACAUGGCCAAGGAGAAAGACAUGGAGAAUAUCUUGAUUUCCCCUGUGGUGGUGGCUUCCUCACUGGGCCUGGUGGCUCUUGGUGGAAAGGCCUCCACAGCCUCGCAGGUGAAGACAGUCAUCAGUGGGAAUAAAGUAAAGGAUGAGAAUCUCCACUCGGGCCUGGCUGAGCUUCUGACCGAGGUUAGUGACCCAAAGGUACGUAACGUCACCUGGAAGAUUAACAAUCGGCUGUACGGCCCCAGCUCCGUCAGCUUUUCCGAGGACUUUGUGAAGAACAGCAAGAAGCACUACAAGUACGAGCACGCUAAGAUCAACUUCCGUGACAAGAAAAGCGCCAUCAAGGCCAUCAACGAAUGGGCUUCCAAGUCUACUGACGGCAAGUUGCCUGAGGUCACUAAAGACGUUGAAAAGACGGAUGGUGCCAUGAUCAUCAAUGCUAUGUUCUACAAACCUCAUUGGGACGAAUCCUUCCAUCACCAGAUGGUUGACAAGCGUGCCUUCCUCGUCCAUCGUUCAUACACGCUGUCAAUUCCAAUGAUGCACCGCACAGGUAUCUACGGCUUUUACGAUGACACAGCCAACAAAUUCUUCAUCCUGGAGAUGCCGCUGGCUCAUAAAAAAUCAUCUGUAAUCAUUAUUAUGCCAUACCAUGUGGAGUCUCUGGAGAGGCUGGAGAAAAUGCUGACACGUAAACAGCUGGACAGCUGGCAGUCUAAGAUGGAGCAGAAAGCUGUAGCUGUCUCUUUACCGAAGGUCAGCAUGGAGGUCAGCCACAAUCUGCAGAAACAUCUUGGAGAACUCGGUGUAUCCGAAGCUGUGGAUAAAACCAAAGCUGAUUUAUCCAACAUUUCAGGAAAGAAAGAUCUUUACCUGGCCAAUGUAUUCCACGCCUCCGCCUUUGAGUGGGACGUCGCUGGCAACCCUCCGGACACCAGCAUCUUCGGCACGGACAAGGUGAAGAACCCCAAACUGUUCUAUGCUGACCAUCCGUUCAUCUUCAUGGUGAAAGAUAAGAACAGCAGCUCCAUCCUCUUCAUCGGCAGGCUGGUCCGGCCCAAAGGCGACAAGAUGAGGGACGAGUUAUAACUGACUUCAGCACUCGCAAGUUUGAAUUGAAUUGUAAGGAUAGCCUGAGCACAUGUAUAUUUGUAGGAGAGAGAGAGACUGUGUGUGUGUGUGUGUGUGUGUUUGUGUGUGUGUGUGUGUGUGUGUGUGUGUGUGUGUGUGUGUGCAUGUGCGCGCAGACUUUUGACUGAAUAAGCAGAGGACUGUUACCUCAAGAGGACAUUCCAGAAGAUCUGUGGACCACCACCUGUGUGUUUGAGUCAUGUUCUGUCCUGAACACACACACACCAUGUUAGACACAAAGCAGUGUGUACUCAGACGAAGCAAGCCAACUCAAGGUUUUACAAACAUUCCAAUAAAUGCUUUUGUGAAUAUUCCAAGACAAAUGUGACAAGAUGAUGUCAUCAGAACAGUUCUAGUGCUCUAGUUCCAAUACUGUUUAAGUGCCCUUAUUGUCUUCCCCUUAAGUCCAUAUCACCCGAAUUUUGUAGCAGUGUAGUUAAAGUGAUUUCUCUAACAGUCCGUGUAGUUCAUUUUCAUCACAUUUAUGUGCAAACUGUCCUGCUGACUUUUUUAAUAUUUCUUUUGAGCUCUAGCAUGCUAGCAUGCGCAUGCCCAGGAUUUCAAGCUAACUAGCAGAAUUUAUGUAUAUCUGUUAUUGUUCAGCUUCACAUUUAGCUUCAUCCACCAAAUUUGUUCUUUUGCAAAGGAAAUUUCGUCAGACCGUAAUGGCUUUUGGGUAAAUUUUACUUACUCAUGGGUCUCCCAAGAGUCUUCAUGGGCUUCACAUGACCUAAUAAAGAAGUGGAGCAGCUCUCAAAAUGGAACGGGGAAGUGGAUAAGGGUGUACUGAGAACAGUAUUGCAGCACGCAUUUGCAAUGUCAUCGCCUUUCCCUGCAUCUACUCUUUUUAUUUAUGCAACUUUCUCAUGUCUGUCGAAGCAGGAAGGCAUUUUUCAAUUUCAGUGUCAAAAGCAGACAGCACCAUCACAUGAUAACAUUAUAGCUCCAAGGUACAUCCUUUUACAGUGUUCACUCAGGGUUUUAGCUUUUCUCGAACAUGCCUGUAAGCCUUGCCGAGUCACACUAUAUGAAAGACGAUCUGGGUUCGUGAAAUAUUUCUUAAUAUCUGAAGGAUUUUUUGUAAACAUUUCACAAAGUACACACAGAGAGUACAUUCCUGUCGACCAUCAGAUACACCUCUGUGUCUGGCCUGGUGGCAGUCCGCACUGAAAAUGCUCCUCUGCACUACAAAUCCUAUGAUUGACUGAAUUUAUUGAUCGGCCUAGCUAUAAAAUUGUUUUGCGAAAAAUUGUGUGUUCCAAUUUUUUUCCCAAUAAAAUCUGCACCACUAAAA